UUCCAUUCUUAAUUCAAUUACUUUCCCUUCACUUGCCAUUUCUCCUUUUCAAAGCUCUAACUUCCAUCAAUGUUCACAGUCAGGGAAGACGCCCCAACAGCAAGGGUUUUCUCUUGUUUGUUCUGUUCCAGAAAGUUUUACAGCUCUCAAGCAUUGGGUGGCCAUCAAAAUGCUCACAAGAAAGAAAGAACCGCUGCAAGGAAGGCUAAACAACGAGCACCCGAAAAUGGAUCAACAAGUAGCUUCUCGCCUCCUUGUGCACCACCACCAACAAGACGGUGUUUGGGGUUUUUGCAUUCUCCGAUGUAUAUAGCAACUCAAGUUGCUAACAGAUUUGUAUGGAAUGGUGGUGGUGGCGAUGGAAAUCGGCACCUUCGAUUUGAAGAUGAACAGCCAAGUUGCUUGGAUUGGCAGAGUGGCAUACGGUGCAAUGGAGGGUUGUUAGCAAUGGAAGAGGUUAACAAUGGAGUUGUUGAUCAUAAGGGCGAUGAUCAAAAGCUUGAUCUAUCUCUUCAUUUAUGAGCAAAUUUUUUUUGUUGGGGUUUUUUGGUUUCAAUUAUUUUACUUUGUUUUAACAAUAAAAAGAAAAUAUCAUGACUUGAUUCAUUCUUUUGCAAAGUGGUGUGGAAGAGGUUGGAGACGAAAGGAUAUCACAAGUUACUUAGUCAAUUUUUUAGAUUUUUGCUUAUAGGCCAUAACAAUUAUAAUGCUCUUAUAAGAGUGAGUUGUGAGGGUGCGCUUGUA